AAUGCAGCAGUGAGCAGACAGAGUCAGGAAAUAGAGACGAUCAGUUCAGGAAGGACGCGGGGAGGACGCUCCGACGAAAAGCGGAUAAAUCUGAGAUUUUUACCGAGCAGAGGCUCUGAUUCGGAGUCACGAUGAACCUGUUCGCGGUGUUCGUCCUUCUGGGGACGGUGCUGACCGUAAACUGCGAGACUCACUCCCUCCAUUACAUCUACACGGCGCUCUCUAAACCUGUCGGCCUCCCGGGCAUCCACGAGUUCACAGCCAUGGGUUUGCUGGACGACAGGAUGAUCGACUACUUUGACAGCGAGCAUCAGGCAAAGGUUCCCAAACAGGAGUGGAUGGAAAAGCGUUUACCUGCUGAUUACUGGGAAAAAGGCACACAGUCCCGCAAGAGCAAGCAGCAGUGGUUCAAGGUCAACAUCGGCAUCCUGAUGGAGCGAAUGAGACAGAAUGACUCAGACAACCACGUUCUUCAGUGGAUGCACGGCUGUGAGGGUGAAACGAAUCCUGAUGGCACGCUCGGGUUUGUCCGAGGCAUGGACAUGUACAACUACGACGGAAACGACUUCCUGUCCUUCGAUGAUAAAAACGGAGUCUGGGUCGCUACUACUCCGGAGGCACAACCCACCAAGAGGAAGUGGGACGGCGUCCAGGUGCUGAAAGAGUACACCAAGGGAUACCUGGAGAACGAGUGCAUUGAUUGGCUGAGCAAGUUUGUGACUUAUGGACAGAAGCAGCUGAAAAAGAAAUCUCCACCUGACGUACAUGUGUUUACAAAGAAGGCCAAAGUGGAGUCAAACCUCAUCCUGACCUGCCUCGCCACAGGCUUCUACCCCAAAGACAUCAUCGUGAAGAUCAGAAGGAACGGACGUGUUCUGACCGCAGAUGACGGCCUGACGAGCUCAGGAGUUCUUCCAAAUAACGAUGAGACCUUCCAGAGACGAGACCAUGUGGAGAUUUUGAAGUCUGACCUGUCAGAGUUCAGCUGUGAAGUCAUUCAUGAGGCGACCGGAGUGGAUGUUGCAAAGACUUGGACAAAUAAGUGUGAAGAGGUAUCUGGAUCAGGAUCUGGAGCUCUGAUCGGUGGUGCAGUGGUUGGAGUCGUGGUUGUUGUUGCUGUAGCUGUGGGUCUGAUCUUGUAUAAAAUGGGAAUUAUUGGAGGCAGACGUGGAGCCAAGGACAACCAAGGUGGAAUUCAGACAAUCUAUUCUCCUGUCACAGUUGGAAAUGGCGUCGUGAGCACACCUCUAACCAGUGGUGGUUCCAACGGUAAUGCAGCUUCCAGCAAUGGUGGUUCCAAUGGUCAUGCAACCGUACCCCUCCUUAAUGGCAAUGCUCAUUGAUCCAACAAACAAACCCAGGAAUUAAUAAUGAAUCUUCUGCCACAGACCAGGAAACAGGAACUUCAGAGCUCAUAAAGACUCACAUGAUCCACAUUUACCAAAACACCAGUAUUUAUGAGGGUGGGGGGUUAAAAAGAGCUGCAGUAAAAUGUCAUUCUAUUGAGUUUGAUGAUACGGGUUUAAAAUGUUCAUGCUCCUUUAAGCUGAUCCUCCAUCACAGUGAAAAGUAAAUGAGCUCACAGGUGAGGUGGGCCUCCUCACUGAGAAACAUCAGAUCAGGAGUUUAAACUUAGAGGGAGUUCUGAUCCUUCUGAAAACAUGUUGUCAGUACAGAAUGGAGGGUUUAUAGAAAGAUUAACAAUCAGGUUUCUGCAGCAGUGACAAUAAAAUGUGUGAAACUAACUUUUAAACCUGCUGCAGGUUUUUGGACGUCUGGAUUUAAUAAAACAGUGUAAAAAGUUGAAGUUGACAGCCGAGUCGUUCAGUAAAGUUUCUGUGUUUGAGUCCACAGAGGACACUGAAUGAGUGUAGAAAGAAAAUAUUAAAAUGCAUUCAAAUAAAAAGCUGCACAGAUAUAAAGUUUAAUGUGAAGGAACGCGGUUGAUUUAAUCCUUAAACUGAGUUUUUACAAAGAGCUCUGAGCAGCCUGAGAGGAUUUAAAUACUGGUGAGAUCAUUAUAUUGAUAAAAGUAAUAAGAUCUAAAAAUUCUUCGUCUUCAUCCAAAUUUAGAGGAAAGCAGGAUCAUUUAAAAUGAUGUGACUCUCUGUAAAUACUUUGUUUUACUGGGGCUUUAAAUUCAUUUGCAGGCUGUGAGACUUUAUUUCCCUUUUAUUUACAUAUAAGCUUGUUUUUCUUCAUGCUGCUGCUUUAGUUUUAUUCAUCAAAUAAGAAAUAAUAUUUUUCCAAGUACAAUUAUUUUUCUGGACUUUCAGCUUUUAUUCUUCACUUCUGUUUGAAGUUGUUUUGUUUCUAAAAUAAAAUUAAAUAUACUUUUAAAUAAAAUUGUGGUAGAAAGUUCCCUCCUCGUAAUGAGACUGUAAACUCGAUAAAUCUAAAAUGCAUA